AGUGUCUCCAAAGUUGACGAGAAGUUCUUCCGCCUUACACCGGAGUUUGUUUCAUCAGCCACGAGUUUCCGCUCCACCGGCUCCACACUUCAUUUACAAAGUGUUUCAGACUUUCAGAACCUGUCCCCAGUGUCCAGAGCCAUGGGAGACCCGCUGACCGAGUGCCACAGCCGGCUGGAGCAGCAGGAAAAGGAGAUAAAAAGUUUGUCUGCUGAGAUUGAAAGUUUAAAAAAUCCUAAAAACUUGGAACCAACGGCGAGGCUAGACGAACUUCGAGAAGAAAACACAAAACUCAAAUAUCGACUCAACAUUCUCAAGAGGUCUCUACAGGAGUCCCCUCCAGUCUCUGCUCUUCCCUGUGACUCUAAAGCCAUGCUCAACAUAAACCAGCGGCUGCAGCACAUCUUUGGGGGGGCUAUCGGAGCAGCAUACCCCGAGCUGGAGCAUCCUCCCCUGGCUGUCACACCCAGUCAGCAGGCCAAGUUUGGAGACUACCAGUGUAACAGCGCCAUGGCCAUGUCACAGAUGUUUAAGGCUAAAGGUGCCAAAGUGAAUCCCAGAGAAAUUGCUGAAAAAGUCGUGAAAAAUCUUCCAGACAACGAGCUUAUCGAGAAAACAGAGAUCGCUGGACCAGGUUUCAUAAAUGUCCACUUGAAGCGCUCAUUUGUGUCUCAGCUUCUCAGUAACCUGUUGGUGAAUGGAGUCCAGCCUCCGCCCCUGCCCAAAAAGAAAAGGGUGGUGGUGGACUUCUCCUCUCCAAACAUUGCCAAAGAGAUGCACGUGGGACACCUGCGCUCCACCAUCAUCGGAGACAGUAUGUGUCGCCUCUUUGAGUUCCUCGGAUACGACGUGCUCAGGCUGAACCAUGUUGGAGACUGGGGCACUCAGUUCGGGAUGCUGAUCGCUCACCUCCAGGACAAGUUUCCUGAUUACCUCAUGACGUCUCCACCAAUCAGUGACCUCCAGGCUUUUUACAAGGAGUCAAAGAAGCGUUUCGACGAGGAGGAGGACUUUAAGAAGAGGGCGUACCAGUGCGUGGUCCGACUGCAGAGCAAAGAGCCAGACUUCAUCAAGGCCUGGAACCUGAUCUGCGACGUGUCCAGGAAAGAGUUUCAGAGAGUGUACGACUGUCUGGACAUAAAGCUCAUCGAGCGAGGAGAGAGCUACUACCAGGACAUGAUGACGGAGGUGGUCAAAGAGUUUGAGGGAAAAGGUUUUGUGGAGCUGGACGAGGGCCGUAAGAUUGUAUUUGCGACAGGGCAGUCUCUGCCUCUCACUGUGGUCAAAUCAGAUGGAGGGUACACCUACGACACCUCAGACCUCGCAGCGAUCAAAAACAGACUCUUCGAUGAGAAAGCAGACAUCAUCAUCUAUGUAACAGACAGUGGACAGGCGUCGCACUUCCAGGUGGUGUUUGCUGCUGCUCAGAUGAUCGGCUGGUACGAUCCUAAAGUAACCAGAGUGGAACACGCCGGCUUUGGAGUGGUGCUGGGAGAGGACAAGAAGAAGUUCAAGACUCGUUCUGGCGACACCGUACGUCUGAUGGAUCUGCUGGAGGAGGGUCUGAAGAGGUCCAUGGACAAACUCAAAGAUAAAGAAAGGGACAAGGUGCUGAGCCCGGAGGAGCUGGAGAAGGCACAGAGGGCUGUGGCAUUUGGUUGUAUCAAAUACGCAGAUCUGUCACACAACCGAAUCAAUGACUACAUCUUCUCCUUCGACAAGAUGCUGGACGAUCGAGGCAACACAGCGGCCUACCUGCUCUAUGCCUUCACACGCAUCCGAUCCAUCGCUCGUCUGGCGAACAUUGACGAGGCGGCUCUGAGGAAGGCGGCCGAGACGACGGAGGUGCUGUUGGACCACGAGAAGGAGUGGAAACUGGGCAAGUGCAUCCUGCGCUUCCCCGAGAUCCUGCAGAAGAUCACGGAUGACCUGCUUCUGCACACACUCUGUGACUUCCUCUACGAACUGGCCACCACCUUCACAGAGUUCUACGACAGCUGCUACUGCAUCGAGAAGGACAGAAAGACUGGUGAGGUGGUGAAGGUGAACAUGUGGAGGAUGCUGCUGUGUGAGGCCACGGCAGCUGUCAUGGCCAAAGGCUUCGACAUCCUCGGCAUCACCCCUGUAUCCAAGAUGUGAGCUCAUAAUCCCGUAAUCCAGGAAGUGCAGUCAAGCUAAAUAUCAAUAAUAACAAAUACAGACCAGUAUCACUAUGAACGUUCCCAUUUUCUUAAACACAAACUGGAAUUUCUAACAAGUUUGGAAAUAAACUUUAUAAUUUCUGUCUAUUUUA